AUGAAACGCAAGGUAGGCGCACAGGGCACGGGAGAGCGGCACGGUAUGUGCACGCCGCGCGUGUUUCCCCUUGCCGUGGGCGUGCGUGGCUGGGUGACAGCUCUGAGGAGCAUGGCGGCGCAGUGGCAGGCAGGUGCGGCGCUGGCGUCGUGGCAGGUGGACGAUGUGUGUGGCGUGGCAGGAGGGGCCACCGGUAUCACAUGCCAGGACGGCUCCGUCACCGCCCUGUCACUGAACAGGACAAACAUGUCAUUGGGGCCGCUGCCUGCGGAGAUAGGCGUCCUCACAGCACUCACUCUCCUGUCACUGACCAGGACAAACCUGUCAGGGCCGCUGCCUGUGGAGAUAGGCGACCUCACAGCACUCACUCUCCUGGACCUGAGCUACAACAGCUUUAAUAACACCAUUCCUUCUAGCAUCAGCAACCUUGCCAGAUUGCAAUCGCUGGUGCUGAAGAGCAACGCCUUCAAUGGAUCCCUGCCCGACGCCCUCUCCGGCCUCUCCAGCCUUUCUCAAUUAGAUGUGCAGCGCAAUGUCUUCAAUGGCUCCUUGCCUGGCUCGCUCUUCUCCCUCACCAGACUCAGCAACCUCUACAUGGACGGCAACCAGCUGUCCGGCACCCUGCCCUCCCAAGUGGGCGCGCUCACCAACCUCCUCACACUUCAGGUGAGCAACAACAAGUUCAACGGCUCCCCCCCGGCUACCCUCAGCCUGCUCUCCUCCCUCCAUGAGCUGCAGAUGCACAAGAACAGCUUCUCAGGGCCCUUCCCAUCGCUCAUCACCGCCCUCACCAACCUCACCAUGAUCUACGCCAGCAACAACUCGUUCACGGGACCCUUCCCUGCGUUUCUUGGGGACAUGACUCAACUCGCGUUCCUGAAGAUAUAUUCCAACAAGCUGCACGGCACGCUGCCUCAGAGCUACAGCCAGCUGCGCAACCUCACCCACCUGGACCUGAGGGACAUGCAGCUGUACGGCGCGCUGCCCACGUGGCUGGGGCUGCUCACGCGCAUGCAGUACCUGCACUUCCGCAACAACGAUCUGUCUGGGGCGGUGCCUGAGUCACUGGGGAACCUCACCAACCUCAUUGAGAUCUCGCUCAUUGGCAACCCCAAGCUCAACGGCACACUGCCUGCGUGCUGGGCCAACAUCAUCUCCCUGGGAACCAUUGCGGCGUCGCGCCUGCAGUUCGCCUGCCCGUCCCCCGACUUGUGCUGUCCCACGGGCAGCCCCAUCCAGGACCUGCCCUUCUGCGUCAACUUCUGCCCCCAGUACUGCUCCGCCUGUGCUCCAGGCAUGUCGCCGGCAGUGAUAGCAGGAAUUGCUGUGGGGUGCUCUGUGGCGCUGCUGGCACUGCUGGCUCUCGCGCUCUACAUAUGGUACUACAGAUUCGGCCCAGGCCACAUUCAGGCAUGGGAGCGGGAGUUGGACCGGGGCUUCCGCAAGUACACGUGGAGGGAGAUCAUGGACGCCACGGACAGCUUCAGCGACGCCAGGAAGCUGGGCAAGGGGGGAUUUGGCACCGUGUACCUGGGGCAGGGGGAUGCACCGGACCAGCUCAUCGCCGUCAAGCAUGCGGCCUUUGUGGAGCGCUCCUCCAAGAUAGCCACCAUGUUCGAGGAGGAGGUGCCACUCCCCCUCACAUGCACUCCAUACUCUCUCCCUUGCUCUGCACCCUCGUUUCCCUUGCUCACGUUUCGCCUGUCUCCUGUUGCCGCUUUCCGCCUCCACGACAACCUGGUGCGGCUGCUGGGCUACUGCAACGACCACAUGGAGCAGGUGCUCGUGUACGAGUACGUGCCCAAUGGUCCCCUCUCCGACCACCUCUACGGCACCAUCAAAGGCAAGCCCUCCGUCGCGCAUCCUCCCCUCGCCUCAUCUGCAUCUGCUUCAUCUCGGAUUUUCUCCUCCCCUCACCGCAUCCUGCCCUCGCUUGCUCAGCUGCUCAUGUCUUUUGGAGUGCUACUGCUGGAGCUGGUGACAGGCAGGGAGGCGAUGGAGAGGGAUCCAGAUGACAAGGACCGCCUGGUGCACAUAACCACGGUGGUGCUGCCCUUUGUGGCCUCGCGCCACAUCCACCUCAUCGUUGACACACGCGUUGCCACGCCACUCAACCUGCCCGCACUGCUCUCCAUGGCUCAGAUCGCAGCGCACUGCGUGCAGCAGCCCGCCACGAGGCGCCCCGAGAUGGUGGAGGUGGUGAAGGCGCUGCACGCCGUCAAGAAGACUUACCUCGCCACGCUCUCCGCUCCUGCCACUCCUGACGCUGCUCCUGGAGGCAUUGAUGGAUUGCAGGCAGUGAAUGAGGAGAGGGCGUCAAGCGCUGGUGCGCCUGCACAAGGUAUGGCGACUUAUGAUGAUGCAGCAGUGGGUGAUGCAGCAUGGGCGGGUGGGUGGUCACGGGAGGUGCUGUGUGCGUGCAAUGUGAACCCCGCCAACGAGGUGGACGUGGCCACGUGGCGCAUGGCACACGCCAGCACUGCUCUCGCAGCGGCGGCAGCAGCACUGAUGGAGGCGCGGGCAACAGUGGAGAUGGAGGGGCUGCGCAGUGACAGUGAGCGCACGGCAGAGGUGCAGAGCAAGGCGGCCGUGGGGGAGCUGCCGGCGGUGCCGCUGCUGGAGCAGCGCCACACGGGGGGGUCGGCCAUCAACCUGAGCCGGUCGCAGGAGGCCUCCAGUGACGGCCGGCGCAUGGGUGACUCGGGCAGCUGGGUGGCCAAGAUCCUAGGCAGGGGCAAGCAGGGCGGUGCUGCAUGA